CCCCGCCCCCACCCAGCACGGCCACUGCCGCCUUCCUCCACUUUCCAUCUCUCACCUGCAACCAUUUCUACCAACCAUUGUUCCACCUAUAAAUACUACAUUCCCAUUGCCUUGAUUUCUUCCUCUCUAGGGCUACCAACCGACUCCCUCCCCGCCCAAUCGCUCACCAAACCUCACCAACAAUGGCGCUCUCCGCUCAGAGUUCUUUGAUUCCUUCAAAAUCCUGCCUCGUUUCGCGCACGCAAUCGCCUUUCCACGCUGCUGCAUCGUUCGUGCCCGUCAGAUCCGUGGCGCGCCCGAUCUCGGCCGUCCAUUCCGCCGAUUCGAGUCCCCCCAAAACGCCGGUUGCCCCUCAGGCUUCGUCGGCGUCGGCGGUGGCUUCCGCCGCCUCUGCCGUUGAAACUAAGGAGACGUCGAAGAAGUGGUCGCUGGAGAGCUGGAAGACGAAGAAGGCGCUCCAGCUGCCGGAAUAUCCGAAUCAGGAGGAGCUUGAAUCGGUGCUGAGGACGCUCGACGCCUUCCCGCCGAUUGUCUUCGCCGGAGAGGCCAGGAGCCUCGAGGAGCGCCUCGGCGAUGCCGCCAUGGGGAAUGCCUUCCUCCUCCAGGGCGGUGACUGCGCCGAGAGCUUCAAGGAGUUCAAUGCUAACAACAUCAGGGAUACUUUCAGAAUUCUUCUGCAGAUGGGCGCUGUUUUGAUGUUCGGUGGCCAAGUGCCUGUUAUCAAGGUGGGAAGAAUGGCCGGACAGUUUGCCAAGCCUAGGUCAGAUCCAUUCGAGGAGAAGAAUGGUGUGAAGUUGCCAAGCUACAGAGGGGACAACGUCAAUGGAGAUUCAUUUGACGAAAAGUCAAGAAUCCCCGAUCCUCAGAGGAUGAUCCGGGCCUAUUGUCAAUCUGCCGCCACCCUCAAUCUAUUGAGGGCGUUUGCAACAGGAGGAUACGCUGCAAUGCAGAGGAUUACUCAGUGGAACUUGGAUUUCACCGAGCACAGCGAGCAGGGAGAUAGGUAUCGUGAGCUAGCUCAUCGUGUCGAUGAGGCGCUUGGAUUUAUGCAAGCUGCAGGGCUCACAAUGGAUCAUCCUGUAAUGCAGACGACUGAGUUUUGGACGUCGCAUGAGUGCUUGCUCUUGCCUUACGAGCAAUCACUGACUAGGCUUGAUUCAACAUCCGGCCUGUACUACGAUUGUUCUGCGCAUUUCCUUUGGGUUGGAGAAAGAACAAGACAGUUGGAUGGAGCUCAUGUUGAGUUCUUGAGAGGAAUCGCGAAUCCCCUUGGGAUCAAGGUGAGUGACAAAAUGAAUCCUAAUGAACUCAUCAAGCUUAUUGAAAUCUUGAAUCCUCAAAACAAACCGGGAAGAAUUACCAUCAUUACAAGAAUGGGAGCGGAGAACAUGAGGGUGAAGCUUCCUCAUUUGAUCAGGGCAGUCCGUCGGGCUGGGCAGAUCGUUACGUGGGUCUCGGAUCCCAUGCAUGGAAACACUAUCAAAGCUCCCUGCGGCCUAAAAACUCGCCCCUUCGACUCUAUCAGGGCCGAAGUAAGAGCUUUCUUCGAUGUACACGAGCAAGAAGGAAGCCACCCUGGAGGGGUGCACUUGGAGAUGACGGGCCAGAACGUGACAGAGUGCAUAGGAGGAUCAAGAACGGUGACAUUCGACGACCUGAGCUCGCGCUACCACACUCACUGUGACCCGAGGCUCAAUGCGUCGCAGUCUCUUGAGCUGGCAUUUAUCAUUGCCGAGCGCCUCAGGAAGAGGCGGCUUGGCUCCCAAAGUCCGCUCGGCUAUUAGGGACUGGCCGGAAACAACAAUAGGAGCAUUUGCUGCUGUAUUUCCUGAGCCUCCUAAAAUGUAAGAUUUCGAAAAAAAUUUCUUACUCCCUACCUACCCCCACCCCACAUUUGGUUUUUUACUAGUGUGUGUGCAUAAGUUAUGAACCUCCGGCGACAACCACGUCGAUGGAGACAAGAAUAAAGAGGGAAACUCUUGUUUCUCUACGUUGCACUCUAGUGGGUGCAUAUACAUAUACAUAUACAUAUAUAUAUAUAGAAUUUGAUAUAGAUAUGCGUAUAUGUGAUGUGUGUUGGGAUGAUAUUUAAGCAUACGACGUUAUGGCGAGAGAGGAGAGGUUUGUUGAAUGUUUUUCGAUAUUUGAUUUAUUUCAAGUAUGUUGGACAAUUUGUGGCAUUUGUUCUUUAGUUUGUUUAUUGUUCAGAAGUAUAUCUGUUUAUGUUUUAUUCUUAUAAUGAAUUCAUUUUGACGGCUGGGAAGUGGGAA